GCAGCACCGGAACAGGGAGGCAGAUAUUGGCCUCCUGCUUCGGCAUCACGGAUCGAUGCCACCGUCAAAGCCCUCGCAGAACCAGCCCAAAAGCGGCAAUGGCAAGGGCAAAACAGGGAAAGAUGGUCCACAAACGUCCAACAUCGACUUCGGCUUACCCCCUACAGUCGUGACAGCUUUACAAUCCAUCUCCACUCGCGCCACUCAAGAUUUGUGGGGCACUGCCGCUUUCCAAUCCGACAGCCUCACAGCAGAGCAAAUCGCUCAAAGGAGGUCAAACCUGGCAGGCAAGCUCUCAAAGCGCAUUACUGGAGAUACAAAAGCAAAGCAGGACCUGGCCAUCGCAGUGGGGGAAUGGUUUUCUCAGAUAAGCCAGCACCUCUUGGGUCUUUUAGGCCGGAUGCGUGCAAUCGGGUCCAAACUGGACGAGGACUUGUCCGCGGCCGUACAAGAGAUGCAGCAGUACCUCAUCGAACAACCGUCUUCGACUACAGAGGAGCAAUUGCUGGCUGCGACCAAUUCUAUGGGACCUGUAUGGUCACCACCACAAGAGCAGGAGGUGGUGAAGCUCUCCGCGGCCCUGCGUGCCUUCAGCGCGGUUCGACCAACACAGUUGCCUCUUUCCACAGCGGCAUCGAGUGCCCAUGGGCCGCAGCUCCUAUUCAACCAACCGGACCAGCGAGAUCAUAUGGCUGCAGCGGGUGGUAUAAUGGCGGGUGCUGCAAUUCCUGGUGCGGCCCCCGACUCUCAACCCAGCAGCACCUUCCCUCUGGAUCAGACAUCGGAGGCCAGCUUCGGCGGACAUAUGCCAAUGGAUCCAUCCACGGCUGCCGUCGCCUCGAGGGGCCAACGGUGGAAACGCCGCAAUGCAGGCUCAGGACAACGACCCUCAAAGAGUCCACGGAGAGAUUUGGAAGCGCUGGCCAGUCCUUGGCGUGUGGAUGCCACUGGACGCACUCCAGAAGGCGCGCGGAGGGAACCUCAUACCCAGAUGGAGGACGAACCAGAGCUACUUCCAGAUCACGACCACAGGACAUCGAGCUCCCCCCCAUCCUGGUGGCAUUUCUGGCUUCAGCUUAUAUCUUUUGCUGUCGAACACGGAGCAGAUCGUGUUGGCGACCUCGCCGUGGACGAGGCUCAGAAUGCGUUUCUGCCGCUGUCGGAGUCCACGGGAGAUGCCCAAGCUGUUUGUCAGCAGGUCAGGCAAGGUGUCAUUCUAGCGGCACACAUUACUCUAGGAUCGGUGGUCACACUGACAGCACUGAUGCUUCCCAGCCCAGGUCUAGGCACAAUCGUGCUCGACACCCAGCCCGUGCCGAGCACGCGAGAUGCCACUGAGGUCCGCAUGCGCGGAUGUUUCCUGCAUAACGCCAUAUUGGUGGCCCUUGGACGUGACAGGCACACCAGCCGGUGCUUGCAAGUCUUUCCGCCCCUCCCACACAUGCCACAGGAGCAAUACAUCGUUAGCAGCACCUUGCAGCACUGGAAUGAGCUUGCCGUUCCGGUUGAUUUAAGGCCUUUAGGAGGUGGGAUCUCAGCACACUCCGUGCCCUGUACCGCCACCGGGGCAGAUGUGAUAGCCGCUGCCGCGGCGACGCAGCGCCUCCAUGUGCCCCAGCACUACUACUGUCAGGCCGGCGUUACCAUUAUGCACCCAGCUGCACAGGUUCUGCUUAUCCCAGGAGGCACUUCCGUAAGAGGUCUGCUACCAUCGGAUGUUCAAACUGUUGCCCUUACACAUGCCGACCCCUCCCCUGCUAGCCCUGGUGCAGCAGUAACCUCAACUGAGGUUUUAACUGAGUCAAUGCGCACCGUUGCAGUUAUCUACCCAGGAGGUAUUCUCUUGCACGAUGUUACGGGUGAUGGCUUUGCUGAUUCAGACCGUGCCCGCACUAUGAGGGAGAUCCGUGGCGACCUGGGCCUCACCGAGCCAGUCUUCCUGCGGCCGCAGCUGCCAUUAGCAGCACUGCCGGGCACCCAACUCAUAGCCCUGGAACUUGAGGACGUCGAUAGGUCUGUGCUCGUUGAUUUCCGAGGCAUAGGAGGGGGCCUCUCAUUCGCAACCGUUCUUCCGGGCGCCACGUCUAACACAUGUCUGCUAGAGGCUGACCUGCCCACAUGCGAGGCAUUGCCAGCACUGCUACGUGCCGGGUGGCUCAAGAUUAGCGACAGCGGCCUUCAGAAUCAACACUUGCCUAGUCGUCGGGGCAUUAGGGUCAUCACCGUCGAUUGGAAGGUCAUUCCUCGAGAGUCCCCCCCAAUCCUCGACAGUGCCCUGGCCCACGAGGAUCCUCAAUCCGGUUCACAGGGGUCAACACCGUCUCUGCCUCUAUGGAUUUCUGUCGCUUUGGUCUCAAGAAACCGCCUACUUGCAGGCGUGUUGCUUUGUGUUGGCCUGCUUGGCCGUUUUCAGUUUCGCGCUCAUCCUGACGACAUGUGGCUUGUCCCAGAACAGCCUGCCAGCACCAUAUUCAGGGGAUCUCUUGAUUUGGUCUCGGUGACUACCCACCAGCGAUAUGUUAACCUUUUGCAUUCGCAACCUGCCGAAGCAUUGCCACCUAGCUCCCACAUAGCGGGUCGUCUCGAGCGAAUAGGCACCCAGGUUUGCAUCCAAGUUUGGACUCCGGACAAAACCCAUCAGUUCACUCUGGCUGCUGACGAUAUGGCCACACAGCUGCAGCACCGCCUCCGUCUCACGGACCCCACUGGACAACGGCGCAUCCCUGCCCUUGUCCUACCCCAGCUUAUGUGGCCAUGCAUCCAAUUUGUCGCCCCGCAUAAGGAUCCCGAACUUGUCACUAUUCUGGUUGAUCUCGGCUACCGUAUUUACUGUCUGGAUGUUACCCGCCACCGACUCGCUGCUGACCUUUUCCAACAACUACGGCAGAAAUGUGGACACGAAGAAUUCCGCAUUAACCGCGGCCUUGUUGCUUCGGUACGACACGGCGAGCUUCUGCGCGUCUUCUCUGAACAAGCCACCGAAGUCGCCGAAGUCGGCCGCAUUUCGUUCCAUCCUGUGCCCCCUUCUGUCAGUUGGUUGGGUGUAGAAGAUCAGGUUUAUGUCGUAGGCCCCUUCCUUGAUCUUGUUAGGAUAAUACCCGCCCCUGCCGAGCCAGAGACCAGCAUACCAGCCCUGCUUCUCUCUACCUAUGGGGUUACUGGGGUCCUAUACCGCAUCCCGCCGCUGCCUGCGGGUUACCAUUUUCCGACACCAGUCUUUUGCUUUACCCCGCAGGACACGUCCUGUCACGUCGUGAUUGCUGCUGAUGUUCUCGGGCUAUGGCAGCGACUUGUUAUCCAGGCAUCCGUCUUUACCUCCUGGCCCGGAGACGCUCUAGACGAUUUGGCUAGCGAAGCGCGCCCCUUCCACGCCUUCUGGCGCCGCGUCCGCGACUCACUGCCGGUCUUAUAUCCAGUUGCAGACCCGACAUUAGGAUACACACCCUGGGGUCUCCGUAUUGGGAUUGCUGUCUUCGGUGUUUGCACUGCUGAAGUGACGUGGCAACACGUACUCACAAUCGCCGAAGCGAACCCGUGGGACCUAUCUGGCAUGGAAAUUAUGGGAGAUCACGACCUGUGGACUUGGCCCGAUGAUAUACAAGGUCUCGCCGGCCAAUGUGGGCACCUCUUACAAUCCGGGAGCGACCCCUUCUUGUGUGCUGCUAGCUCUGAGGCUAGACCCAGCCUAAGGCCAGCUCCCUCAAAUGCCCAACCACUCUCAGGUUCGAGCACCACCCGCGAGCACAUCGGACGCAUCGCGCUUGAACGUGCGAGCAAUACUCGUUGUUUUAUGUGCCACUUGGCCACUGCCAGUUCCCCGCAGAGGUGCCCGACUUAUAACACUCACAGUUCUGUCAGCGCUCCUGGCGCACACACAUGGGGCACUUCCGGAGCCGAGGAGCCAGUCGACGAGGAAGACAAUGGUAUUGCCCCCGUGCUCAACACUACCCGCACUUGCACUGUAGCAUAG